AGCGAGAGAGAGAGAGAGAGAUUGGAGAGUUCUGUGAGUCUGCCAUCCUGGGUUAGUCAGCGAGCUCCCAGCGGAGCAUCCACACGGCCGCUCGAGCGCUCCACCCCUCCCUCCUGCGCGGCUCUGUUUAUUCUAUCUUUCAUAAAGGGUCCGUUUGUUUGCUCCGGUUUGUCGCGCGGCCGCGUGAGUCACGCCGGAGCGCUCCCCCUGCGCCGUGCGGACCUGUUGCAGAGGCUCUGAGAGGCAGCGGAGGCGGUUCCGGAGCUUUCCGUGCAUGCCGUCGGCGUUCCCGCCGGCCGCGCCGCGAUGUACCUGUACGGGCUAGACGACUCGGAGCCGGGCUCUGCAGACUCCUACACCAGCCGCCCCUCCGACUCGGACGUGUCCCUGGAGGAGGACCCUGAGGCCUUGAGGAAGGAGGCUGACAGACAAGCCCUCGCCACGCUCGAGAAGGCCAAGACCAAACCUGUUGCUUUCGCGGUCAGGACUAACGUCGGCUACAACUCGGGUCCGAACGAUGACGUCCCAGUCACGGGCAUGGCCAUCUCCUUCGAGGCCAAAGACUUCCUGCACAUCAAAGAGAAGUACAAUAAUGACUGGUGGAUCGGGCGUCUGGUGAAGGAGGGCUGUGAGGUGGGCUUCAUCCCCAGCCCGGUGAAGCUGGAGAACACCCGGCUGCUGCAGGAGCAGAGAAUGAGACAGAACCGCCUCAGCUCCAGUAAGUCUGGGGGAAGCUCCAGCCUGGGCGACGUCGCCACGGGAACACGCAGACCCACCCCCCCCGGCACAGCUCAUGUGGAAAUGUCCACGGUGGGCUUUGACGUUGACCCCCUGGACCUGGACUCGGAGGAGCCCUCUGAGCCCCCGACAGACACGCGUUCCCCCCGGGCCAGCGCGGGCAGCGUCACCUCCCCGCAGGCUAACGCCCACCGCCUGCCCUUCUUUAAGAAGAUGGAACAUGUCCCCCCCUAUGACGUGGUACCUUCCAUGAGACCCAUAAUCCUCGUGGGGCCCUCCCUCAAAGGCUAUGAGGUGACUGACAUGAUGCAGAAGGCUCUCUUUGACUUUCUCAAACACAAGUUUGAGGGCAGGAUAUCUAUCACCCGGGUAACAGCAGACAUCUCCCUGGCCAAGCGCUCCGUCCUCAACAACCCCAGCAAACACACCAUCGUAGAGCGCUCCAGCACCCGCUCCAGCCUGGCUGAGGUGCAGAGCGAGAUCGAGCGUAUCUUUGAGCUGGCCCGCACCCUGCAGCUGGUAGCCCUGGAUGCCGACACCAUCAACCACCCCGCCCAGUUGGCCAAGACUUCCCUGGCCCCCAUUAUUGUCUACAUCAAGAUCGCCUCACCCAAGGUGCUACAGAGGCUGAUAAAGUCCCGGGGAAAGUCCCAGGCCAAACACCUCAAUGUGCAGAUGGUGGCAGCAGACAAGCUGGCCCAGUGCCCCCCAGAGCUGUUCGACAUCAUCCUGGACGAGAACCAGUUGGAGGACGCCUGCGAGCACCUGGCGGACUACCUGGAGGCCUACUGGAAGGCCACCCACCCGCCCAGCUGCAACCCUCCCAACCCGCUGCUCAACCGCACCAUGGCCACGGCCGCGCUGGCCGCCUCCCCCGAGCCCGUCUCCAACCUGCAGGUACAGGUGCUCACCUCCCUGCGCCGCAACCUGGACCUGUGGCCCGGGCUGGAGGCGCCCGCCGCCCCGCAGAAGAAGAAGAAGGAGGUGGAGGAGCACGCCCUCUAGAGGCCCGGAGGGGCGAGGGUCACGCAAAACCCCGGCCGCAGAGAGUCUCUACGCCACCACCGCCCCCCGUCUCAUAACGCGCUGUACCCCCAAAGCGCUGUACGCCCCUGGGGAGGGUUAAUCCCAGCUCAGCCGUACACACACACACACACACACACAACUCCCACACGCUUACAAACACACUCUGUCUAGUCGAAACACGCUCUCACAUACUGUAUACACACUCGCAGCAGGGGGAGUAGAGACUGUACUGCAAAGCUCAAACGCUCACACUUACACACCCUUACGUAAACUACCUAUGACACCUGCAUCUUCUAACAAACACGGCGCAGCCCUGUACGAUUAUAUCAUCCCAAUACCCCUCCCCCCCCAACACACACACAAACAAACAAAUAACAUAUAUAUUAUUUUCUGCCAAAACACUGAAAGAUAACUGUUCCUUAGGGAAACACAGAGAACAGACCAGCGAUGCACUGGAUCCUGUAUAGGUCAACACUACCUGAGACACGAUUACAAGCUUUAACUCAGAGCCACAAAUAAAAUGACAAACGCACCUGGCUUUUAAGAACACGCUCAGUACAGCUUGUAACCGGUUCACUCACCGUUCGGUUGGGACCGUCGUUUCCUGCGCGGGGAACGCGUAGCCGAUUUCAGCCAGACGUGCGUCGUUUCCCACACGUCCAACCGGGAGACCCCGGCUGCCUCCCUCCUUCCCGUAACCAUGACGCUGUCCUGUCAGUCAGCCCCGCCCACCGCUGCUUUCUCAGGCCAGCUCUGAGGUGCCGGCCCGGGAGGGGCUCACUCACCACUCAAACACCACUGUUUCCUGUUUAACACAUUAGCUUCAUACAGCUAAACAGGAAGGCCAGGUGGCUUGGGCUUUUGGCCAGCAGUCCAAAGGCGAAUCAGUUUCUUUCAGCCGGGAAACUGAGAGCAUGAAUAUUGGUUAUUAUCGUCCUUGUACGUUCCAUAAUACAUUGGUGUAAGGACUCUUUAACCAACAGUUACUUCUUGUAACUAAAUAGUCCCUCAAUAAGUCCCUCAAUUAUCAGUCUCCUCAGUGCCUGUAUAUGAAAGUGGAACAUUGAAGAACAUGACUGUCGAGUGUCUGGUAAAAAUGUAUUUUUGUUGAGCCUGAUUUUUUUUUUUUAAAUGGCACCUCGGGAAAUGUGAUGUUGGUUAGUUUUCUGGGACUGAAUUUCUCAUUUCUAGGUUUUGAUUUGUGAAUACUUUUUUGUUCUCUUCUAGCUUUCGAUUGUGAAUACUCAAAAAAAGAGACUUAAAAACACUGUAGACUUGAACAAAUACUGUAUAAAAACAUCAUUGUAUCGUGAUGAGCAAUUAUUUGUUUACAAAUACACCUGUGUCCUUG